AUACCACAGUGAUCAUAGCAAUUACGAGUGCUGCCGCUGAAUCUGUGUUAUUUAGUACCAUUAUGAUUUUGAGUAUCUAAUAAAUUUUGAAUAUUUGCGAGUGUCAGUGUGUCAAUAGGUGUUUUAAGAUGGUAAUGGCGUGAUGGCAAUGUGAUGUAAUUUUUAAGAAAAAGUAUGGAACUCGAUUCCCAAAGUCUGGAUUCUAAUGAAGGAGUAGAACCAUCAUCAGUAAAGGAACAUGAAGAACUAUACCCUGGCGAAUUUCUUUACCCGGAAGAAACGGAAUCGACCGUGUUGGAAGCAAAAGUAGUUUAUUUACUUUUACCAAAAAAUAUCCCUGUGUCGAGAGCUUCAAGACUUCAGUGGCUAUUAGAUCAUUUGAAUACAGUAAUCACAGUUUCUAGCCUUCAGAAAUGGAACGUAUCGUCGAAUCUUAUCGAAGUGGUAUCGGUCGUAGCCAGGGAACACCAUAUUUCAAAAUGCAACCGUUUUUUGAUAAAUUGCCGCACGGAGGUGGUUUUUUUGGCACACACCUAUCGAUUUGUGUACUGCUUGGAUAUGAGUCCAUCACAGGCGAUUGUUGAUAUACAAAACGGCGAAAUACUUUUCGACGAGAUACUCAGUUCAUUUAAGGCUAGUGUUGAAGGAUUAACCAGACAGUUCACUAUACCUGGUAACUCUUUAGUUUUCCAACCGAGUUUGUACUUGACCGUCAUGGUAAACACUCCCUUUUUUAUGAGUCCAGCGCAACAAGUUCUAGUCAAAGGUGUCCAAAUAACUUCAAGUAACCUUCAAGAAAUCGUAUCUUUUGUACAAAAUCAGUUCCAUUUACUUGAAGGAAAAAUCGCCGACGUUACUGCCAUGGUUCACGAUCAGGACGAAUUUCAAAAAAUGCAACAUGAAGGAAUCGUGGGUAGUUUAUUUGAUCUCCCAGAAAACGAAAAAAUUAUUUCCAAAGUACCAAUGGUAUCGCCUGAUGCCAAUUUUGUAAAUAUGUUAAGAUAUUCAAUGUUGGCUGUAUCGCUUCUUCCCGAAAAUAGCAUAAGUCAUAUUCUAGUCAUAACUGACGGGGUUGUGGCCAUGCCAGAUUCUAAUAUAAUGGAAACUCUACUCUUACAGUUACAUUACGAUAGCAUUGCAGUUUCUUUUAUAAAAGUUGGCUCGUCGUUUCAUCCUCACUCAAGUGCCGGCUACAUUUCGUACACUGAUUUGCUUAAGUUUUUUUCAUAUUCUACAAUGGGUACCUGUUUGGAAACUUCUCCACAUGUUAAGCACGAGCCAUCCAUGCAGAUGAACAUAUAUCACGAGUUAUUUCUUCUGUGGUCAUUUCAUAGUGCCGAGAAAUACGAUUAUCGUAAAGCUAACGAUGUCAGCAAAUGGAGAAAUGAUAGUUUCUAUAGUCAUAAAACGCCAAUUUUACUCUCAAAAAGACAGACUGACGAAAAUACUAGUGCUUCCAUUUUGUUGUUGUUGUCGAGGCGAAUGAGAGAAGGUUUCGCUGUUGAUAGCAUCAACUACAUCAAUGGUGUUAUAGAAGUUCAGUUAAGUUUGCAAUGGAAAUCUCUAAUUUACAUUAUCUACAAAGUGUCGUCACAGUGGCCGGUGGUCAAAAAUAGUACCCACUUGGAAGUUUUUAUCUCGGCUCCAUACGAGUUCCUACAUGAUAUUACCUGCAUGAUAAAAAAAGACACUAAAUCUUUGUACAGACAAGCAAUAAUCGAAAGAUUCUGGAUGCGUUUGUCCCAACUGUCGUCCGGUGAUUUAAAUUUUGCUCAACAGCUGAGUGCUUUCCAAAAUUCAAAUCUAUGGUAUACUCUACCAGAGAGUGUCCGUAGUGGAAUUCCCGUUUUUAAUUUAAAUGCGCCAUGUCCGGAUACCAACACUUUGCCAUUAUCGCCAAGUAGUACUACGUGUCCGAAAUUCGUAAAUGCUUGGCAAGGUAUUUGUAAGAUGGAAGCUAGUAACUGGAGAAAGUGGUUUCAUACGCAUAAGGUUUCUCUUAUUCUAAAACAUGAUAAUCCAUUGCCGAAGCAUCUGCAUUUGCCGAAUUCCUCCCAAAGAUAUCAAGUUGUGCAGUGCCGACAAGCCGCUACAGCUCUUUAUGGAAAAUUGGCUGAAUGGGCAUCGUUCGUUUUAAUAGACAAUCAUACCUACUUGAAACACCUUUAUAGAGAACCAAUUAAGCAACCAGCGUGGUUUUGUAUAGUGCGUAUAAGCUCAAAGCCCCCAUGUGCAGUACUAAAUAUAGGAUUUGUGACCAAUACUCCCGGUUAUGUUAGACACGAAACAUGCGAAUAUUUGAAAAAGGAACUAGCUGCCCUAUCGUACAUGCCCAGUCCGGCUAAAUCUAAAGAGAACGUGUGCUGUGUGUUAUUACAAAAACCUUUGGAAAAAAUACUGAUUAGAUACGAACGACUACCGAGUGACUUCAACACUGUAAUAUUCCCAGAUGGCACACAGCCUCCUACACGAAUCAACGUUCCUUCGCCUUUAACGGCUUCUUUAUUUACGACUUUGUCUCGUUAUUUGUACCACAAAAGAUGGAUAUGGAACGCAUCUCAUAGUUCUAAUCCGAGGCUCGUUGAUCAUGCCAUCUCGCGAAUUUUAACUACUUUGACCCGAAUGAGAAUUAAAGAAGGGUUCAGUUUUGCGCAUUCGUCAUCUGGAAUUAUCACCAUGGUUCUAGAGUUGUUGAUGGAACCGUAUGCCAGUUGUGUUAUACAAUAUGUUUUAUUCCCACCUCAUAGAGCCUGGCUAGGAGAUGAUUUAUAUAGUGGUUCAGAAGAAGAGAACGAUUUGGAGAAUGAAUUUGAAUCAGAACUGCAAAUGGUGACUGAAGUUUGGAUUGAACCUCAACACGGGAAUGUUCAAACGGGCAACAAUUCAAGAAUUAGUUAUAUGAAUAAUAAACAUUACUAUGAAUUGGCAGAUGUGAUAAGUCACAUCGACUUACAAUGCAUCAACUCAUUGUUAACUAUGGAGCAUCUAAGUCUUAUGUGCCAAGAGAAGAAUCGAUCAUUUAGUGUAGAUACGAAUAUAACUUUUAACCACCAGGCUACCAUUGUCAAAAAUAUGACGCGUAAGAAUAGUAAGAGCAAUUUGAUUGACUGCUCGAUCGAGUCAGAGUCCGAGUGGUAUCCUAUUACGAGUUCGCGUAUCGAACACAUUCCAUUCGUUUUCAACCCAAUUAGCAUAUUACCUUUGUGCCAUCAAACGGAACUUUUAUUUUCCAUGUUCAUCGAACGAAAGGAUAAGAGCUUGAAAGGUUUCGAAUCGGAUAAAUCCAAUAAACUGCUUUUGGAUAACAUUCAAGAACAUCUAACGCUUCUACAUGAUCAAGAGAUCUGUUUAACUAAGGAAGAAUCGGAUAGAUUCACCAGACAAAUAAUAGCGAGACAUAAAAACAUAUAUCCUUACCAUUGUCCAAUUGCGGAAUAUAGAGGUAAUAAUAACUUAUCUGAUGAUUUUCCUUGCUCUCAGUGGCGUUGCUUCAUCAAAGGGAUUUCUGUGACACACGUAAUCGUUACUUUUAUACCUUCAACGUUAACCGACCUGAAAGCUUUAGUACAUAGUGAUUCUACGAACAUUCCAAGUUUGAGCGAAAGUAGAGAGAGUUUCGAAAGAAGUUCAUCUCGCGGCAGUAACUACAGCGAUGUUCCAAUAAACGUGACGAAUUCGUUGACUUUGCCAAUUUAUGUUUAUGAUUGUCCGCUAGCCUUACUUGUUAGUGCCUAUGUGCACAAUCCCGAAGAUUCGAAAAUGACUAAAGAUAUAUAUGAAGAUCAUCGUUUCAAAACUACUGAUUUUAUACAAGACGAGUAUUUGAAAUUGAAAACAGACGAGCCAAGUGGGAGUCCAGAAAAAAAUGACGACUUCGAUGUACCCGAUGAUAAAGAUAUAAGCAGCUUGCGUCAUCACUGCAAGACUCUUGUUUUGGUACAUUCGAAAUGUUUCACUAUUUCACUGUUCAUAGCUCUACAUCGUGAUGUUUACAUUCAUUGUAUGGAUGUUCAAUCGGCCGUGGAUCAGUGUGAAGAAACUAUCACAGAAAUCGAUAUUACGGAUUACGUUUUGACGAUUUGCGGUCACACGAAGCAUUUGAAAGGAGAUAACGUCCAAGUGCAGCACUUACGACAAGCCGCACCCUGUAAUGAACUUAAGUCGUUACACGGCUUAAUCAAAGACAAAUUUUUCAAAAUGGUAAACGUGGCCUUUAUUCCUAUACCAACGAAUGCUGAAUAUUAUUUUUGCCGUUACUUUAAUGCAACUAAACCGGAAAGUAGAUUACACACGAGCAAUAAUACUAAUAGUAAUAAUAAUAAUAACAACGUUAGUGAUGAUGACAUAUCAAACCCACCAUCGGAACGCGAGUUUUGUGUACAUUCAGACGGUUUUAAUAUAUUACAACGAAUGGAAAGCGGAAUUAACGACGUUAUCACUGGCGAUAUUUGUCCGUUAUUUUUGCACUUGGUUUGUACGUUAAGACAUAACGGCCAGGUGUGUAACACACCUGUACGGCUACUGCCUACGUGUUUGGGCGAACUGACUGAAAGUAUAGAUACUACAGCUGUAAUUGACAAGAAGAAAGUUCAAGUGACUUUAGACAUAUUCUGUCUUACUUUACCCACGGAAGUACAGAACGUGAUAACUGAAUAUUCUGCACAGGGCUUACGAACGACUUCUUUUUCCUCGGAUGGAUUUCAACCGAGUAUUGCUAGUACUACAUCUGAAACUAGCGUCCUUGGAGAAAUUUCCGAACCGUUAAUGAAUCUGCCGGAAAAUCAAAAAAAUGCGAUUAUACUUCUUCGGGAUGAAAUCAAAUGGCUUUUGAAAGACGAAAUAGCAACAGCACUGUUAGAUAUCGAUUCUGUAACGAUGAAUACCUUGGACUACAUCAUGAGACACGUAGCAGAGAGUACUACGCGUUUCUCCUGCAUUAUGGAUAUUAUUAAUUUAAAUUUUGUCUUCGGAUCGGGUCAAAGCCAGGCAAAAUUUAUCGAAGAAUUCACGAAAAUGAAAAUAUCGAACUAUAAAUUAGUACAAGAAGAGGAAUUGUACUAUCUUGCUAAAGAUAAUAGUUUAGAACAAAAUAAAUAUUCAGAUUUUGAUUACCACGACGUGCAUCGAAACCAGAUGAAGUAUAACGAUAAUAUUGUUGACGUCGAAACGAUGUAUGGAAAAGAUCUCGACGAAAUAGCGUCACAACCUAGUGAUAUGUCAAGCGUGAGUGGUAGCGUUUUAGGAACAGAUGGCACAGUUUUAGGUUACGAUGAAGACGUCAGUAACGACGAUGACGACUACGAGUGGCUUCAACACUUAAACAUGAAAAGAGAGCACUUACCUAAUUUUUGGCUUAUCACGAAGGUAGAGCAGGAGGCAGUGACGUUAUAUUUUCAUUGUAGAUUUUUGGAAUUGGCGAACGCUCACGCAAACACAUACUUGGAGGUGGAAAAAAUCUUGAGCGAUGAAAUACGCGAAUUGUGCAAAAGAGUUAAUCAAUCCUUGCUUCUGCAAUCUCUGUAUGAAACCCGCAUUUGCGAUUCACUUCUAGAACCAGACGAUAAUUCCAAAGAUUGGCCCGGCAAUGUUUGUUCGUCUCCGAUUUCCCGAAACUCCUCUUAUAUAAGACUGAGGAGUAUGGACGAAACGAGCGAUGAAUCAGAAUUGAUGACGUCGUCAGUUACUCUUUCGGAAGCGUCUUUAAAUUUUAAACCCGGAUAUUUUAAAUGUCCAGUGGUUUGGCAAACGCCGUUCAUCUUACACCCUAGGUUAAAAACUGGCCCCGGAAAAUCAGGUUUAUCAAGAGGGAUUUUGGCAUUGAAAAAUAUUCUAGAAAAGUUUUCUGUGUCCAAUCGCAAUAACAUGUUCGUCUACAGAGACAAUCGCUCCAAUGUUUUUUAUUUGAGGCUACACGAAAACGUCCAAAGUUCAUGUAAUAAAGGCGCCGCUUUGAGACCUCUUGAAUACGAAAGUGCCAUAGUAUCCCGAAGUCCGUCGAUUGCAUCUUUACCUUUAGGCCAAACAAAAAGUCAUUUACAAUACGAACAGAGCCUCUGCUCCGCUCUAUCGGAUGACAUUAGGCCCAGAGUACGUUCGUUUGGUGAAAAAGAAAGCAAAGAUGGUCCCAAUGAAGAUACUUUAAUUUUGAAAGUACACGGCAUUACGGAAGCCGGAAAUGAUGUUCAGUGUGAACUCGUCCAGGUCUUGCAAAACAGGUUGGACGAUGCCGUUUUAGAAUUUCUCUCUAUUAUGUUGGCGAGAAAUUCGAUGUGUCCGUUGACACCGGAAGAUGUUCAGUUUAUACAAAAACCAUUUAGAUUGCCGGAAGUUGUCAUAAAAUUAACUAUGCAAGACUUCGUCUUGUUAUGGAUGGAUUCGUUCAUCCACUACCUCAAACAGAAUUUAUUACAGUUUUUAAACAUUCCAAAGUACACAGAUAAUAGAUCUCAUUAUCAUUUUAAGGAUUACUCAGAACCCGAACAAGUCGUAAAUCGUAACAGUGACGACAAUAUUUUCAUCUAUAAUCAAAGUCAGAACCCAUCGUCCGGAAAUAGAGGUAUAGCAUGUAUAGCCCUCGGUGUGGUCUAUGCUUCAGAUUAUAAACCUACCGAUGUCAUCCCCAAAUUUGAAGAAAUUUUCGAUACUAAAACUCUUCAAAACAUGGUAACUUCAAAAAUAAUCGAAGGCGAUAGGGAUUUACCGCCAGUUUACUUAGAAUUCCGAUUAUGGAAACAAGGCCGCGUUAAUAUUGACAAUUUAUCUAUUAAAUUGCGAGAUGCAAUUUGUCAAGCCACUUGGGAUUUGGUGAUGGAGUAUUUAAUUUUAACGGCUCCUCUGUGCGAAGAAAGAAAUAGAAUUAUGUUACCUUUAACAGCUGUCAAGAUUAACACCUCGGAAUUGAACCUUGCUAAAGAAGUUGAAUUUAAUUGUAUUCUUGAAGUUGGUAAUAAAGAUAACAUUAAAGUUGUCGGUAGACGCAAACUCGAAACAAUAUUUUCUCAUCGAAAGCGUGUUCGUCGAGUGAAUCCUCCAACUUCUAAGACAACACGUUCUAUAACUUUUGACGACUACGAAAGAGAUAAAGAAUUAUACUUUGCAAAAAUGUCAAGCAUGAAGCCUUUGACCAAGCUCAACUCUUUUGAAACUGGAGAUGACGGCAUUUUAUGUAACAACUAUUCAAAAUAUCUGCCAGGAUGGUUAGAAUUCGGAUCGACUUUGCUAGCGCCGUCUGUGCGGAAACAGAAGAUUACCUUAACAAAUUAUCAUCUACCAGGAGCUACCAUAAAAGAAUUGCUUAGCGUCCUACAAGAUACACCUAAAGCAUUCCGUUCGAUACCUUUGCGUCCUCUGUGCGAAGAUAAUGAUGAAGUUUUCGUUCCUCAUGAUCCGAAGAAGUUUGUAGAGAAAUGCGUUAUUAUUUCACGGAACUUUGAUAAUUGGAAAGCGUCGACUGCCUUCAGAGGGACGUUAGAUUAUCCCGACUUCAUGAGCCCACAUUCGCUGAAACAUACACAAAAAUUUGUUCCAGCCGCUGCUGGCAAUAAAUUUAUACCCAGGCAGAAAAUUUUAUGGAUUUUGAUUCAGAGCGAUUCCAUUCUCAUUUACACAUACAACUGGGCAAGAGAUAACAUAGAGAAGUUAAUUUCGAAUUGUACUAAACUUGGCCAGUGGUUGAGCAUGCGCUCGUGCUUUUUGAAUUCGGUGACAUCACAGAAGUUAGGCUUGUUUCAUAACCAGGCGAUUAUUCAAAAAAAUUUUUCAACUUCCAACAAUCCCUACACGUGUAUAAUUGGUUCAACGGCUUCAAUGAUCGAAUUCCCCCGCGAUGAAAGUCGGAAAACGUUAACGAGCACACCGAAUAUAUCAAAUAUAUUCGAUGCCUUUAGAGAUUCUUUCCAUACUUUGAAAUAUAACACGAAUGAUCCCGUCGGUGUAUUUUCGAUGGAAAUGCAAGAAAUGAAAAUCGCCGAGAAAAAAUCAAGAGAUGAAAUGAAGAAACUGCAUUCGAUGUACCAAUCAAGAACCAGUACUACGACGGUCCCACAAAUUUUUCUGUUAAUGCAGAACUCAAGAAUUAUCCAUUAUUGUCAUACUCCGCUGCUUUUUCUUCCCGAGUGGCGUUUAAAAUCUGCAGCUACUAGAGAUCAUUCUUUGUGUUCUCCCACUCACAGAACGCACAAGAACGCUCUUGAAAAAGAUUCCUGGCAUACGGAACUCUGCUACGGAUUUUUCUGUGAAUAUAGGCGAUACUUGCAAACCUUAGGUUUUAUGCCGUUGCAGAUCGAUAACUCGGAUAAAAAACAAGGAAUAUGGGCACGCGACAAUUCAUCCCACAAUUUUGUUUUUUACAUCCAAAAAACCAUAAUGGGGGGCAUAUUAAUCUUUACCGUUGAGUUUAACGAACCAUUUUUCACUACUAGAUUACACGCCAUUGAGUGUAAUAGAUUACAAACAGUAACAUCUAGAGCUUCAAUUAACAGAUUUACCUUGUCAUUUUUGGACGAAUGUGAUCGAGUCAAAAUAUUGAUGCAUUUGCACUCAUUUACUUACGAUUAUCAUCUCAGGUGUAUUUAUAAUUACAUAUCGAGCAAUUCUGGGGUGAAUAGAGUUUGUGAUAGAUAUAACGUGACAAAAUUCUUUGACGAUUUUAUGAAAUACUACAACAAAGCUCCGAAUUUUGCGCGCAAUUUAAUACAUGCUGAAACAAUUACAAUAAAAAAUCUAGUAACAGAAGGAAAACAAUUGUAUGAUUAUUUACUAACAAAUGUCGACCAGUACGACUUCAAAGUUCUUGAUAUGGAUAAAGGAGACGGAGAAGUAGAAUACAUCUUAGUACAGGUAACCAGUAAUCCACAAGUAUCUUAUAAAGAUUCACAAGAUCGCGAGCACACCGAUGAUUUUGUGAUCACUUUGGUCGUUUAUAAUUUGUGUACGCCAUAUGAUCCUACGGAUAACAUUCUACACCUGAAAUAUUACUUAAUUUUGACGUCUAAACGAGAAAUUUAUCCCAAAUCUGAAAUAGAACCAAAGCUUGGCAAGUUCCGAACGGUUUCGUCUACUGCUAGAAGCUUAUCGGCUUUGGAACAAAUAUCAGGUGACCUAGAAAACAGCAUUUCAAAACCUGAUGAUUCAGGAGAUUUAACUGACUCGGAUGAACACAUUAUGUUUGCUUCGGAAAAUCGAAGUGAAAGAUCUGACGAGCAGCCUGUUCAGCAGUUUGAGAUAUCUCAGGAGUCAGUGAACUAUUUAGGAUAUUAUUCGUCACACGAACAACUUAUGCAGCAAAUGAUUUUGGAAAAAGCAUACACGACUCAAAGGCACAUCAAGGAGAUGGUUGCUAAAGGAAUGGUGCACUGCAGGACUCAUUUGUUAUGGAAUAAAUUAGUGUCCCCCCAAGAUUCUAAUGCGUUGAACUAUGAUGAAUUCAUGGAGUUAAAAGGUUUGGCUAAACUAGAACAUCUGUGUGAUGUUCAUCCAAAUUUGGGACCGUUGUUAAAUCAGCCAUUAAGUUGGUACCAAGGUUUGGCUAAAUUAUUGUUAGUCAAAUAUAACGAUCAAAAUCGCACAUUUAUAUCUUUUGAUGGCAAUAUUCAGCAUUAUGUAAUUUUACAUCCCCGCUAUGUAGGAGCUUUUAUGUUGUUGUCGAUAGAUUUACACACAUCAAGAGGGGAUUUAUAUGCCGUGUAUCGCGAACCACACAAGCAAGAAGAUGCAGAGUUAUGUUUGGCUUAUAGAAAAACACUCCUGGACGGUUUUGUCAAUUGUAUUUGUUUUUAUCUAUGGUAUGGAAUGAUAUAGUGACUGGUUUUCGUUGCGUUCGACAUUGACGGGUAUAUCCAACGAAAAUGCAAAUACAAUAAUAGUAAAUAUCAAAUUGUUGACUCCCUACCAAGGCAAUUUAUCACAGAAUAAUUAAAAAUUCAACAAAAAAUUGGUUACAAAUUAUCUAUAGACCCGCAAAAAAGUAGACGCGAAGAAAUCAUUGAAAAAUUUCCGAAAAAGGACCUAAAAUCAUUUUAUCAUAUUCGUUUUCAGGCACACCAAAAUGACUGUUCCAUAAUGAAGUAUCUCGAUAUCUAUAUAGUAGUAAAAAUUGGGUAAAUGAAAUUAUUAAACAAACCUAAAAUCCUUCUUGUCAUCAGGAAAAUUAAAUUUCGUGCAAAUAAAAUGUCGAAACCGCAUUAAAAAUUUAUACAUAUUUCGAUAUUGUCAACCAACCAAACUUCUAGGCGCUUAUAGUUGUAUAAAUUCGAGUAUUUUUGAGGGUGUUUUGCAGAAUUGCCUUGGUCGGUAGGUGAUUAUUUGAUUCCCGCUUUUUAAAUAAUUUGGUGAUAUUUCGUAAUAAUACUUCUAUUUUGGCAUAUUAAUUCAUUAUUUGUGAGCUGGAAAUUUUCUGAAUGUAAAUUCCUUAUUUAAUUUUUAUUUUUCGUUACAGUUUUCAUUGUUUAAUAUAUCAAUUGUUGUGUAAGUAACCAUGUAUACUGUGAUAAUAUUGUACAAGUUCAUUUAUACAGUGCCUAAAUUUUUAAAUAAAUUAGCGUCUUAAUAGUUAAA